GGCAACAUUAACCGAAGUGUCAAACAGAACUCCAUCUCAGAAGUGAGAAAACGAAACAAAACAAGAGAGUUGGUGCCUAAACUCAUCAAUGGCGACGAGGAUAAGAUUGCCAUCAAUCUUGGCUACAGCAGUAACAUUAACAGUACUUGCAGCAUCACUCACUUGGGCUGCAGGCAGCCCUGAAGCUACUUUUGUCAAAAAGACCAUCUCUUCUCAUCAGAUCGUCAUCUUCUCCAAGUCUUAUUGCCCGUAUUGUAAGAGGGCUAAAGGUGUUUUCAAAGAACUGAACCAGACACCACAUGUUGUCGAGCUCGAUCAAAGAGAGGAUGGACACAACAUUCAGGAUGCCAUGAGUGAAAUUGUUGGGAGGCGCACUGUGCCUCAGGUUUUCAUAGACGGGAAGCACAUUGGUGGCUCAGAUGACACUGUGGAAGCAUACGAAAGUGGAGAACUUGCAAAGCUUUUAGGAGUUGCUUCAGAGCAGAAAGAUGAUCUCUAAACUAGAAUGAGACUCGGCCUGUGUUGUUGGAAUAUCUGAACCACUAGUAGACUCAUGGUGCAUUGACGGAUUAGCUCUUCCUUUGGAUGGAGUACAGGGAAGUGAGUUCUUUAUGCCCUAUGUGUUAUGGGUUUUGAAAUCUCUAAAAUAAGAUGGUGCAUUGAUGGAAUAACUCUUAAAUUUCAUUUCCAUCAAUGGCUUACUCUAUUGUGCUUCCUUGAUUAAUAUUUAUAUGAAACCACAUUCUUAAGAGAAUAGUUUAACUUGA